AUAUUUUCUUGGUACCUGAUAGCUCUAUAGCAUGGUCACACCUGCUUUCAGAUUUUAAAGGGCAUGCACUGUAUUCAGCUUAUGUUUUAGUUUAAUGUGCUACCUGCUACGAUUAUAUGUACUUUAGUGAUAAAAUCCAUCUUAUAACAUAAAAGUCACCCUGACAACAGUAGAAAUAUUUAAGCCAGUAGAUUUACAGCAUGCUGUAAUCUCUACUCUGAUUGGCUGUUUUGUCUUUUAUGUCAUAAUCACAUCAUGAAAUAGUAAGCAGUAUCUAGUAUUAUAGCAUUGAGACUGGGGUUUUUUUUUCCAAUGUAGUUUUUCUACUUCUCUCUCUAAUUAAACAUCUGAAACUCAUAAGACAGCAUUAAGAAUUUCUUACAAAAACAUGCUGGAAGAUGGUGGAUCUUCACUCAGAAGGCUUUUUUCUCUUCCUUGUUUUAAACUGAUUGUCAACAGAUGUGGACGCCACAUCUUUUUGUUGAGUUGGUGCUCAAGUCACUAAUUGGAACAAGAGAUGACUCUACUCAAGAAUGGCACUUGGAGAAACAACACUGCAUCUUCCUGGCUUCUGAAGUUCACUUUUCUUUGGCUGUUUAGUCAGUACUCUUGCACAACAAGUGCUGUUUGGACUGCAUACAUGAACAUAUCAUUUCAUGUUGGGAAUCGCAUGUUGUCAGAGUUGGGGGAGACUGGAGUAUUUGGAAGGGGCUCUGCUUUGAAGAGAGUGACAGGAGUUAUAGUGCCACCAGAGGGAAAAACCCAAAAUGCAUGUAAUCCUACUACCAGUUUCAGCAGAACAAAGAACUCAGAGACAUGGCUAGCACUUAUUGAACGGGGAGGUUGUACUUUCACACAGAAAAUCAAGGUGGCGACUGAGAAGGGAGCCAGUGGAGUGAUCAUCUAUAACUUUCCAGGAACUGGCAAUCAGGUUUUCCCCAUGACUCAUCAGGCAUUUGAAGGCAUUGUUGUGGUUAUGAUUGGUAACUUAAAAGGUAUGGAAAUUUUGCAUUUAAUUCAGAAGGGAGUUCAUGUAACAGUCAUGGUUGAUGUGGGGAGAAAACACAUCAUCUGGAUGAAUCAUUAUUUUGUCUCUUUUAUGAUCGUCACAACUGCUACCUUAGCAUAUUUCGUUUUUUAUCAUAUUCGAAGACUUUGGAUAGCAAGGAUUCAGAAUAGGAGAUGGCAGCGAUUAACAACAGAUAUCAAGAGAGCAUUUGGACAACUUCAACUUCGGGUAUUAAAAGAGGGAGAUGAGGAAAUAACUCCAAAUGGCGAUAGCUGCGUAGUUUGCUUUGAACUCUAUAAGCCUAAUGAUAUAGUUCGUAUUCUGACUUGUAAACACUUUUUCCACAAGAAUUGCAUUGACCCCUGGAUUCUAGCCCAUGGGACAUGCCCCAUGUGCAAGUGUGACAUUCUUAAAGCUUUGGGAAUUCAAGUGGAUAUUGAAGAUGGAACUGAAUCUUUACAAGUCCUGAUGUCAAGUGAAUUGCCUGAAAUCCUGUCACCUAGAGAAGAGGAGGCAGAUAAUGAACCUCCUCCUGCAAGGAUAUCAGAUAAAGCAACCCACGUGGAGGAGAACCCGACUUCUCAGAAUGAUGACCGCCAGGCUGAUUUAGUUGUGGAAAACGUUCAUCCUUCAACCUUGACAGCUUGAACUUUGAGGAAGUGGAUUAAACCUGUUUGUCAAAUCAGGUCCUAAUACUGACAAGCAUUUGUCUGUUUAAA